AAUAAAAAAUCUAAGUAAAAAGAAUUACUUACCUGGUGCUUAUAGUUUGUAGGUUCCCAUUGCCACCCUACCAAAGACCUUUGCCCCUUUCCCACCCCCAUUUAAAAUGUUCUAGCUCUGACUGCAUUUUUACGCUGUGAAAAUGAUGAAAAAUAUGAUUUCUUUGUGAUUUGUAACUUUUAUGCAGCAGUUACAGCUUUUGGGGUGUGAAUUUCAAUGAUUACAGUUUUAGGAUUCCAGCAUUAAAAAAAACUUUCUUUUUAAGUUAAUUUUGGAUACAUAACCUUCUGAACAGUUUUAAACUAGAACACAGAAACCAUUACGUUACAUCAGAUGACAGAAAACAUCCUAUUAAAAUUAGUGCUUUUUUGGAAUGUUAUAAAAUAAUUGUGGUAAAGCAAAAAGUAAAUGUGAAAAAAAAGGAAGACAAGUAGUUUGAACUACUGCCCAAACUCAGAAAAGGAUGCCAGAAAAAAUGUGAACAUGUAGGGAGGGAUUAUUAAAUGAAGUUAGUAUUUAUUGCUCUGGUUGUUUUCUUCUCUAUUCAGCAGGACUACAGAUUCACCUUAAGCUCAAACUGUUUUGUUUUAAAUGAUAAACCAGCCACCGUGACGACUAAAGAGGAUCUUCAGACCACUUCUAAACCCACAGCACACACACAUUAUCAUGAAGUUGCAUCAGCACCAUAUCAAGCAUGUCAUUCAAGCACCCUGCUCAACUGUCAGUGACAGUGACCCUUUUGUGUCCUUGAAAAUCGAGUGUGUACGUUUAAAAGUUUAGAUAAUUAGAAGUAAUAAAUGUGUUUUAAUUAAAACUAUUGAUUAAAGAGUGUAAACCUGAGAUCUCUCAUAUGAAUUUUUUACUCUCAGCUCAAAACCAGUCUAACAUUGAAGAGGCUUAAACAACAGGCUGCAAAACAGCAGAAUCAGUCGUCCGCAGUCAAGAGAAACUUUGAAUCUCUUAGUCACUCGACAGUGACUUGCAUUAUUUAACUUCGCCAGCAGACCCUCUGCAUUGUGGGAGAGUAUAAAGACUGGCUAUAAUGAGUUCCAGCCACAAACAUUGACUUGUUUUUCUCUGUAGUCUACACACCAUCACAGUUCUUUAAAAUGCAUCACUUGCUGGUGUUCCUCUCUGUAUCAUUGGUCAGCACCAUCGGGGAAUCUUUGUUAACCACUAAAACAACUUUGAAUUCCUCAUCUGUGAGAGAAUUACUGAUUCAAUCCUCACAAGAAAGCCGUGAGAUUGUUGACAACGCCUUCCAGCGCUCCAGACAAAGACGGAGCUCAGCCUCAUUUUCCAAGCAUGGGUUUGAAUUCCGUUUGCAAGCUGAGCCUGAGACCCAGGAGAUUUCUCGAGCUGGUGAGGUUUUUCAAGCAGCCCUACAGGUCCUGAAGUACACAGCAAAACAGAAAUAUGAAAGGAAUCUCACUGCUUCAGAGUUGUUAUCCUUAGAGGAUGUGCAGCUGCUUGCAGAGCUGUCUGGCUGUCCCAAUGCAACAAAGCAAGACACGUGUGAACAAAGCCGUCACAGCAGAUACCGCACCAUAUCAGGAGUCUGCAACAACAGGCUUAAUCCUCGCUGGGGAGCAGCCAACACCGCCUUGGUCAGAUGGCUCCCGGCUGAAUAUGAAGAUGGGGAGGGAGAACCCAAGGGUUGGAACCCAGAUCGACUCCAUCAUGGCUUCCAGCUUCCCCCGCCUCGGAAGGUCAGCAGGGAAAUAAUCAGGAGCUCCUGUAAAUGGAAGGAUGAUGACUACUCUCAGCUGCUGGUGGAUUGGGGCCAGUACAUUGACCAUGACAUAACCUUUACACCUCAAAGCAUCAGUAAAAGUGCCUUUUGGACAGACACGGACUGCUACCAGACCUGUGAUAAUGUGCACCCCUGCUUUCCCAUUAAGACUGAUGAUUCUCUCUGCAUGCCCUUUCAUCGUUCCACAGCAGACUGUUAUGUCAGUCCGGGGUCUGAUGUACAGCACGCCCUGCAGCGACAGCAGCUGAAUGCCAUCACUUCUUACAUUGAUGCUUCACUUGUUUAUGGGCACACUCCAAAGCUGGAGAGUUUCCUUCGUGACCUUUCCGGGCUCAGUGGGAAACUUGCCGUCAACGACCAAUUCAAGGAUGCAAAGGGAAGACCUUAUCUUCCUUUUGUUGCCAAGACGCCAUCGGCGUGCCGAACUUUUCAGCAGGACGACGGGAUUGACUGUUUUAGCGCGGGGGACGGUCGAGUCAACGAGGGCCUGCCCUUGAUUUCUCUGCACACACUGUGGCUCAGAGAACACAACAGAAUUGCAGAAGCACUGAAGCUGAUCAACGAUCACUGGAGUCCUGAGAUGAUCUAUCAAGAAACCCGCCAGAUCAUUGGGGCCCUACACCAGAUCAUAACUAUGAGAGAUUAUGUUCCCAAAAUCAUUGGCCCAGAGUCGUUUGAGCGUUUUGUUGGACCGUAUACGGGCUAUGACCCAGCUGUGGAUCCAUCAGCCUCCAAUGUGUUUGCCACCGCUGCAUUCAGGUUCGGCCACGCCACCAUCUCUCCUGUGCUGCACAGACUGAACCAGAGCUUCCAGGAGCAUGAGCAGUUUCCCCAUUUGAGGCUAUACAAGACUUUUUUCAGCCCUUGGAGAAUAGUCAAAGAAGGUGGGAUUGAACCAAUUAUACGGGGUCUGAUUGGAAUUGCAGCGCCGGCUGCAAGUGCAAACAAGCUGUUGGUGGAGGAGGUCACAGAGAUGCUGGCUGUGCUGGACACUCUGCAGCACAUGGACCUGGCUUCUCUAAACCUGCAGAGAGGACGGGACCAUGGCCUUCCAGGAUACAACGAGUGGAGGGAAUUCUGUGGACUGGCUCGCAUCGAUACGCUGGAGAAUCUUAAAGUAGUUCUGCAAGACGGUAGGGUUGCUGAGAAGAUACUAAACAUGUACAAGCAUCUGGACAACAUCGAUGUAUGGCUUGGAGGACUUGUUGAAAACUACUUGCCUGAUGCCAGAACAGGUCCACUUUUUGCUUGUUUGAUUGGCAAACAGAUGAAAGCUCUUCGUGAUGGCGAUAGGUUUUGGUGGGAAGCUGAUGGUGUUUUCAAGCAGGAACAGAAGGAUGAGCUUUUAAAAGGCUCUCUGUCUCGUGUCAUCUGUGACAACACAGACAUUCAGGAAGUCCCUUUUGAUUCCUUCCGAUUUGGGAAAUUUCCAAACGAAUAUGUCAGUUGUGCUAGCAUACCUUCAAUUAACCUGGAAGCCUGGAGGGAGGAGAAAAGCAAAGAUUAUGACCUGUGUGGUUCUCCGACCCGGAUCCAUAAUGGAGAUUAUAUUUUCACUUUCAAUGCUCAAAAAGUGACUGCUCUGUACUCUUGUUACCAUGGUUUCAUGUUGGAGGGUGCUGCUGAAAUCACGUGUGAAAAAAAUGAGUGGCAUCCCGAAGCCCCAAAAUGUAUAGAUUGGACUGCAGAUUACCACCAACCAAACUUCUCCACACUUUUUUGUGUUUUGUGACAUACACCAGCCUCAUCUGCAGCAAAAGAAUCCCACUACCCCUAACAUGUAUUAUUUUCUGACCUAUGUAAAAGUUUUUAUUGCCAUCAGUUUUAGAGUUUAAAGUUGUGCAUCCUUUACAUGAUGGAAUGAGCUUUAAAUCAGCAGAAAACCUGCCUGUGUAUUCUGUAUUUACUUGAAAUGAUCCAAGUUUGUCAUUGUUGGAAUUGUGAGGUUUAAUAAAAUCCACGCAUUAACAAGUAUUCGUGUUAAUAGACAAUUAUUAGAGGAGGGUCUAGGGGCAGAGCUUAGUAAAACUUAUUCUGUUUAGUUUAGCAGUCAGCUAUUGUAAUUUACAACAGAUGUUGUGUUCCUGUACAAUUAGUAUGAAGCCGGUUCAGACAACUGUGUUGUAAUAUUGAACUGUUUAAAUAAAAUAGAAAUAAGUGAUCAUGUAAACACAGGUCUGUUUCCUUUAAACAACACUGUCAAAUC